CCCCACAUGCCUGCGCCCAGCGAGGCUUCUUCCUCGCUCAAGUGGAUCCACUGCAAGUUCUCCAUGCAGCUCAGCCCGGCCCACCUCGCCGACGUGCGAGCUGGCAUCGGCGAGCAGCUCGGGAACUCGAUGCUCCGGUACAACACGUCCCUGGGCGGGGUGGCGCUGAUGUUUGACCGGCUGGCCAUCAAGAGCGACCUCGCCGUCAUCUCCUCCGAUGCGCCCGUUGUGUUUGUGCCCAUCGAGGUGCGGCUGCUCGUCUUUGCGCCCGAGGUCGGCCAGCGGAUGGAGGCGACCGUCCUCCGCCACGGCUCUGACCACCUCGCGCUGCUCGCCCACGGACUCGUCAAUGUGACUAUACCGCACCGCACCGCCGCAGCAGACGCUGCGGCGGGCGACGCCCCGGCAGGCGGCAGCGGGGAGGACGGCGGCGGCGGGGGCGGGGGCGGGGGCGGGGGCAGAUCGAACGGGUUCGCGGAUGGCGCAAUGCCCGCCGUGGGUGAGAGCGUUCCCUUUGAUGUCCGAGCGUUGCACGUCAGCGACGGUCUGCUCACAGUUCUGGGUGAGCUGUCGUGAUGGCCGCUCGCCGCUGGCGAACCAAACUAUUUUUCAUG